AUAGAAUCCUAGACGAACGCUCGAAUGUUAGUGUCCGAAAAGAUGCUUCGGACUACAGUGAGUCAGUCUGUAAAGUAUGGACUUCACUUUGUUGGCAUUUGGCCAGGUACACCGUUUCCGGGAUUGCGCAAAUUUUUUUGGGUGUUGUCUACUACUCUGUGCCAGAUUUAUCAGUACAAGUACGUGAUCACGCAUUUUAAAACUGACGGCUUCGCAGAUAUGGUUGACUGUUUGUGUUUUGCUCUGCCCUAUACUAUGACGAUGGUUAAAUUAAUUAUUGUUUGGACGAAACACAGUGUGCUAUGUGAAAUUUUGUCGACCAUGGAGGAAGAUUGCGCGAAAUACGCUGUUGUCGAUGCAAAUAACUUCAUAUCGAAAACAGCCGAACUUUCGUACCGUUUAACGAGCACACUCGGUUUACUCUUCCUGGCUGCUGUAUGUUGCUACUCGGCUACUUCUCUACUAAUCUCACAAUCCAACGAUUCAAUGGCUCGACAGCUCGUCUUGAAUAUGGAUCUGCCAUUCAACACCAACGAAUCUCCGGCUUAUGAAAUCGUGGUCGCUGCCCAAGUUAUCCAUCUGACAGCAGCUGCGUACACUUUCGGAUUAUUCAGUGCUCUGCUGUUGAUGAUGAUACUCCAUGUAGGAUGUGUCAUUGACAUAUUGUGCGAUGUAUUGACGCACGUAUCUACCAACGGGUCAGGAUCAUUACGAUUCGUUGCUAUCGAGCAUCAACAAGUUAUCCUGUUCACGGAGAAAAUUGAACAACUGUUUACGUACAUAUCCUUCUGCCAACUUCUGUCGAACACUCUAGUUACGUGCUGUUUAGGAUUUCUUGCUAUAACUUUGAAUNGCGCGAAAUACGCUGUUGUCGAUGCAAAUAACUUCAUAUCGAAAACAGCCGAACUUUCGUACCGUUUAACGAGCACACUCGGUUUACUCUUCCUGGCUGCUGUAUGUUGCUACUCGGCUACUUCUCUACUAAUCUCACAAUCCAACGAUUCAAUGGCUCGACAGCUCGUCUUGAAUAUGGAUCUGCCAUUCAACACCAACGAAUCUCCGGCUUAUGAAAUCGUGGUCGCUGCCCAAGUUAUCCAUCUGACAGCAGCUGCGUACACUUUCGGAUUAUUCAGUGCUCUGCUGUUGAUGAUGAUACUCCAUGUAGGAUGUGUCAUUGACAUAUUGUGCGAUGUAUUGACGCACGUAUCUACCAACGGGUCAGGAUCAUUACGAUUCGUUGCUAUCGAGCAUCAACAAGUUAUCCUGUUCACGGAGAAAAUUGAACAACUGUUUACGUACAUAUCCUUCUGCCAACUUCUGUCGAACACUCUAGUUACGUGCUGUUUAGGAUUUCUUGCUAUAACUGCAUUGGGAACAGAAAACGGACUUCCACUACUGCUCAAAUUUUUCUCUGCUUAUACCGCAAUUUGUUUAGAGAUCUUCAUUUAUUGCUUCGCUGGAGAGUACCUCAACAUUAAAAGUCAGAUGAUUGUCGAUGCAGCAUAUCAAGUUUCCUGGUACGAAUUGCAACCUAAUAUCAGUCGACAAUUAGUACUUUUAAUACUAAGAUCUCAGAAAGGAUUGCCGUUGACUUUCGGGAAGUUUUCAACCCUUAGCUUGGAUAGCUUUACCGGAAUUAUGAAAGCAUCAGCGUCAUACAUGUCAGUCCUGCUUGCGAUGUCUUAAAAGUUGCUACACUUUUCAUCCGUAGUGUACUAUAAUUGAGAAAUUAGAAGGAAAUGACCGAAUUUAUAUCGAAUAUUUAGAACACUGUUCAAUCCAUGUGGUGUGCUCUUUUAAAAUAUAAUUUAUACAUCUUUUUAAUCGAACAUAUGCUAAAUAAAAAUCGCACAACAUCUAAGUAAAACCAA